AUGACAAGGAAGACACGAUCCCAAGCUAAAGCCAAGGCUAAAGCGUCGGCUAGCCAGCAACAGAGUCACGACAUUGUUACCACUGCCUUAUCCAGUUGCGGACGUUCAAGUACCUCUAGUACACGGAGAGCCCGACUGGCCCGUGAGCUAGCCUUGUUAGAGGAAGAACGGAGACUAGAAGAGGAAGCGCGGAAGGAACAGCUGGACCGAGAAAGGUUAAUGAAUGAGAGGGCCGUGAACGAGAAAAUCGAACGCGACAAGCAGUACUUGGCGCGUAAACGUGAUCUGCUCAUACAGCAGGACGAGGAAGAUGAUAUUGUGAGCAUCAGGAGCCAUCGCUCCACCCAUUCGACUGAAAAACGUAUUGAGGAUUGGAUCGACACGCAGGAGAAGCCAACCAGCGAUGCUGGUACGGGCGUCGUUGGAGAGACGUCCAAGCCAUCCGCGCCAACUCAUCAUACGCCAGUAAAGUCGGCAGGUGCACACGGUCAGCAAAGUACUUCCACGCCUAUUCGUGACGAACAAAUCACAAACAGCGAGAUUCCCAUGAAACGCGAGCCUUCGAAUUUCAUAGACUUGAUGUCACCGACCGGUAGCAUCACAAUCGGAGAAAGCGAUCCCGGAGAAGCCGCCGGAGGAAAUUCUCAGGUGGAUGAUAAUCUUCUUUCGCCUGCCAUCUCGCUGGUCAAUUUGAACUCCUUGCAGAAUCUUCUGGAAGAACAAAAACCAAUCGUUCAUCACACGGGGGCGCUACCAAAACUAGCAAGGAAUGCUCUACUGCCGUACGGUCAGUGGCAAAGGGAUACAGCUCUUCGACGCAAGACAAACGAGCUGGAGCAGCGUCACCAAAGCGAAAUUGACACACGACGGAGGCGGGAACUGGAUCUGGUAGACGAAAUCAAACGUCUACAACUUCAGAAAGAUUCUGACAUCGAGAAGUUUCGGAAGCACGAAGCUGAUACGCAAAAGAGGCUGCAGGAAUUCUCAGACCGACAGACAGCUCUGGAAUUACGCCGGCACGAGGAAUUGCAGCAACGCGACACGGAGAUACGCCGACUGAAGGAUGCAGAAAGGCGACUAACGGAUCAACUCAACCUGUUCAGCCAGAAACGCGAGCGGGACGGUGCUAUAGAAGUGAACAACGUGCCUGCACAUAUGGAGCAACAGCAGCCAGAGAGAACGAACCAGCCAAGAGGUCCUAUUGGAACUAAAGGGUUUGUAAUUGAUCCGUCCCCGGUGAUCUCGACUUUGCAAACCCUGUUUGGACGGCCAGAGCAAAUUGUACACAUUAUGAUCGAAAAGGUACGGGCAACUCCUCCGCCUAAGUCUGAACGUCUGGAAACCUUGAUAUCUUUCGGUUUAGUUGUUCAAAAUCUCUGUGCACAUCUGAAGGCCGUUGGAUUGGAUUGGCACUUGUCGAACCCUUCAUUAUUGCAGGAGCUGGUCGACAAACUACCGGCGAAUGUUAAAUUCAACUGGGCCUUGUAUCAACAGCAGUUGCCAGAGGUCGACCUAAAUGCGUUCAGUGAUUAUAUGGCCCGAGUCACGUCUGCCACAAGUAGCGUCACACUCUUCAGUGCUCACCAAAAAUUCGUUAAGGAAGACCGACCGAAGCUCAAGGAGAAGGCAUACAUAAAUGCCCAUUCGACCAUGGAACCAGGGGGACCCGAGUCUUCGUCAAGCAAAUCGAAACGAGAUGAAGUGAUAAAGGGAGGGAAAGCUGAGGAAGUGAAGUCAUGUCCUGCGUGUAAUGAACACGGACAUCCAGCUGGAGAGUGCGAGAAGUUCAAGGAACUCAACCUGGACGCCCGUUGGAACAUGGUGAAGGAGCACAAACUUUGUCGACGAUGUUUGAUUUCUCAUCUGCGAUGGCCGUGCAAAGGAGAAGUGUGUGGUGUAAAUGGCUGCCAGAAGCUGCAUCAUCGUUUGCUCCACUACGAUUCCAGUAUGGAUACGAAGCAGACAGAACGAAGUGCCAACGCUACGGUUACCAUUCAUCAGAGAUCUGCUGCAUCAAUACUUUUCCGGGUGCUUCCGGUAACGCUCUAUGGAAAACAUGGAAAGAUAAAUACGCUAGCUUUUCUUGACGACGGAUCUUCCGUUACCCUCAUCGAACAAACCAUAGCUAACUCUUUGGGAUUGGAUGGUCGAACAGAGUCUCUUUGGAUUCAGUGGACAAGCGGGAUCAACAAAAGGAUAUCAGACGCACAGAAGGUUCACAUGGAGAUCUCAGCACUAGGGAGCGAUAAACGAUUUAAAGUUGGGGAAGCGUACACCGUCGAAGGAUUAGGACUACCUGAGCAGUCGCUGGACUUUGAGCAACUUGCAGAAGAAUUCAAAUAUCUGAAGAAACUCCCGGUUCAAAGUUUCCAAUCAGCAACUCCAGGAAUAUUGAUUGGCAUUGACAAUGCCCAUCUACUAGCAACGCUAAAGCUACGGGAAGGACGAAUGCGAGAACCGAUCGCGACGAAAACUCGCAUUGGAUGGGCAGUCUAUGGUCGCCUUGGAGGAGAGCAGCAGCUCCAACAUCGACAAAUGCAUAUCUGUUCAAGGACCUCAUCAGACGACCUUCACGAAUAUGUUCGAAAGUUUUUCUCACUAGAGAGUCUUGGAAUAGCGGUAGCACCUAAUCAUGAAGGCCUCGAAGACCAGCGGGCGAGGCGAAUAUUGGAGAAAACUACUACUCGGACAGAUUGUGGUAAAUUUGAAACGGGUCUUUUGUGGAAAUCCAACUACGUCGAGUUACCCGACAGCUUACCCAUGGCGAAGAAACGUCUGAAAUGCUUGGAAAAACGGCUACAAAGAAAUCCUGGGCUGUAUGAAGACGUUCGCAGGAAAAUUGAGGAGUUUCAACUUAAGGGAUAUAUCCAUGAAGUUUCAAGAAAGGAACUAGAUACCUUCGACUUGCGGCGAACAUGGUACCUGCCCCUUGGAGUCGUGACGAAUCCCAAUAAACCUGGCAAGCUUCGCCUUAUCUGGGAUGCAGCUGCCAAAGCAGAUGGAGAAUCACUAAAUGAUCAUCUGCUUAAAGGACCGGACCUACUAACGCCGCUGCUAGCAGUUCUGUUCCAGUUUCGGGAGCGUGAAGUGGCGAUAUCAGCGGACAUCAUGGAAAUGUUCUUACAGAUUCUUAUCCGUCCCGCUGAUCGUAGUGCUCUUCUGUUUUUGUGGCGAGAUUCUGAGGACCAACCAAUAAAAACUAUGAUGACCAACGUAGCUAUCUUUGGCGCCACAUGUUCACCGACUCAAUCGCAGUUUGUUAAAAACCAAAAUGCAUUGGAAUUCCAGACGGACUUCCCAAGAGCAUCAGAGGCAAUAACGAAAAAACAUUAUGUCGAUGACUAUCUCGACAGCGUCGACACUAUCGAAGAAGCGGUACAGCUAGCCAAAGAUGUUGCAGAGGUACACAGAAAGGCAGACUUUUUCAUUCGGAACUGGACAUCUAACAAGGUACAAGUAAUCGAACAAAUCGGAGAAGUGCAUUCACCUACAACAAAACAGUUUUCAGUGGCGAAGGAUUGCAAAUUAGAGAAACUGUUGGGAAUGAUCUGGCUACCCGAGGAGGAUUGCUUUUCAUUCAGCGUGUGGUUACGGGAAGAUAUGCAGCAACUAUUGGAUGGCGAAGUUGUCCCUAGCAAACGUCAAUUGCUGAGCGUUGUAAUGAGCCUCUACGAUCCGCUUGGAUUAGUUUCUACCUUCAUCAUACGGGGCAAAGUUCUCAUUCAGGAAACAUGGCGAGAAAAUAUUGGAUGGGACGACAAAAUACCUUUUGAGGUAUUCUGCCGAUGGAAGCAAUGGCUGAAGGUCUUGAAAGAGAUGAACAACGUCAAAGUUAGUCGUUGUUAUUUUCCAGGAUACGAUAGGGCCAGUUACGAUUCCCUGCAGCUUCAUAUUUUUGUCGACGCUAGUGAAGAAUCUUAUGCUGCAGCUGCUUACUUUCGGAUUGUAGAUAAAGGGGAAGUUAGAUGUUCUCUAGUGGCAUCGAAAACUAAAGUUGCCCCACUGCAAUCCCUUUCAAUACCUCGAUUGGAACUUAUGGCUGCCCUGAUAGGAGCUCGGCUGAGAAAAACUAUCGAAGAGUAUCACUCAGUAAAAGCCACUCGCACCUACCUCUGGAGUGAUUCUACAACUGUCGUGGCGUGGAUACAAUCCGAUACACGACGCUAUCGGCAGUUUGUAGCGUUCCGAGUCAACGAAAUUUUGAGUUUAUCCUCGGUGACAGAAUGGAGAUGGAUCGGAACCAGACAAAACGUAGCAGAUGAAGCUACGAGAUGGGGAAACGGGCCUUCGACGAACCCCGAGAGCCGGUGGUAUCGAGGACCUGCAUUCCUAUAUGAACGAGAUGGUGACUGGAUGGAGGAACAGGUGAAGACUACUAAGGAAGAGAUGCGACCUGCCUUUGUCUGUCCACAUUUCAUAAUUAAACCAACGAUAAGCAUCGAACGCUUUUCCAAAUUUGAGCGCUUGAGGAGAUGUCUUGCAUAUGUGCUACGAUAUCUCAGUAAUCUACGCAAUGCUACUCGUGGCAGUCCUCGCAAAAUUGGAACGGAAUUGAGCCGGCAAGAGUUGCAAGAAGCGGAACAAUCGCUAUGGAUUCUGGUGCAAUCGGAAAGUUUUCCGGAUGAAGUAGCCGUGAUGAAGCACAACAAACAACUGGGAACAAAGAAGAAAGCAUUGGAGAAUUCCAGCAAGAUAGCAAAACUACCACCGAUGAUGGACGAACAAGGAGUACUACGUGUCGAUGGAAGGAUGGACGCUGCAGAAUAUUUACCCUUUGAUGCAAGAAAUCCAAUUAUACUUCCUCGUGAACACCAUGUUACGGUGCUUUUACUGGACUGGUAUCAUCGAAGGUAUCGACACGCUAACGACGAAACGGUGUUGAACGAGCUGCGUCAAAGGUUCUACGUGGCGAAGUUGCGGACAUGCCUGCGUAAGACAAAAAGUAGGUGUAUGUGGUGCAAAAUAUACAAAUCCGCACCGUUACCGCCAAAAAUGGCCCCUUUACCACGAGUAAGGUUGACACCACAUGUCCGUGCGUUUACUUUCAUUGGUAUCGAUUACUUUGGGCCCUAUCUGGUGAAAGUUGGACGAAGCGCAGUUAAGCGGUGGGGAGUUGUAUUUACAUGCUUGACGAUAAGAGCCGUACACAUAGAAGUCGCUAGAAGUUUAUCUGCCGACUCCUGCAAAAAGGCGAUUCGAAGGUUUAUUGCCAGACGUGGAGCGCCGCAAGAGAUUUAUUCCGAUAAUGGAACAAAUUUUGUGGGGGUUAGCCGAGAGUUGCGAAAUGAAAUACUCAACAUCAGUGAGGAGCUUGGCAGUACGUUUACAGACACCUACACCCAGUGGAGGUUCAACCCUCCCUCGGCCCCACAUAUGGGAGGCUGUUGGGAACGAAUGGUGAGGUCCAUCAAAGCAGCUCUAAGUACCAUACCAGCCGAUAGCAAACUCGACGAUGAAUCACUGGAAACAUUCUUCGCUGAGGCCGAAAUGAUGAUCAACUCUCGGCCGCUUACUUUCGUAUCCCUGCUAUCGGCAGACGAAGAGGCCAUCAGUCCAAAUCACUUUUUGUUACUUAGCUCUACCGGUGUGCAACAACCGGUAAAAGAACCUGUCAGUGAUGAGGAUGGUGGCUCCAAAGAGGAUGACGUGCUUGCAAAGCCAAGCGCGACAGAGGAUGGUGGCUUCAAAAAGGAUGACGUGCUCGUGAAACCAAGCGCGACAUGUGGGGGAGGUUGUAACGUGCAAGCCCCUCGUCUAAAGAGCCAAAAUGAUGGCCCAAAGAGUCCCAAUGAUGUCCAAGCGAAUGUCAGAAAAGAUAAGGGAGAUUAG